CCAAUCGGCGGCGGGCUGUCGGAUUCAAAUCGCGAGCGUUGGGCCUGCGAGGUCGUUGGUCUCAGUCGAGUCGUUGUGUGGUUGGACGCGGACGUGCUGUGUUUUCUUCUCGCCCGCCGCGUCGGCAGGAUGGCUCACAAGCAGAUCUAUUACUCGGACAAGUACUUCGACGAGCACUACGAGUACCGGCAUGUCAUGUUACCCAGAGAACUCUCCAAACAAGUACCCAAAACCCACCUGAUGUCGGAGGAGGAGUGGAGGAGACUCGGGGUCCAGCAGAGCCUGGGAUGGGUUCACUACAUGAUUCAUGAGCCAGAGCCGCAUAUUCUUCUCUUUAGACGACCUCUUCCAAAAGAUCAACAGAAGUGAAGUGUAGCUGGAGAUCGUUCUAUUCCCAAUUUAAUGUAUAUGUGUAUAUAAGGGUAGUAUUCAGUGAAUACUUAAGAUGUACAGACCUUCUGGCAGCCCUGUGCGUGAGCUGUAUUCUUCACAGCGACAGAGCUCAGCUCCGGCCUGCCGCAGCGAGCUCCCGG